GUUCAGAGGACUGGCGGUAUUGGAGGUGCUGUGUGACAUCUUCGGCUAUCCACGUUAUCAAUCAGCGUCACGACGGCCACAAGCCAGGUAGACAAAUUGGAAAUUUUCCCCCUGCCGAGUAGAGAACGCAGGUUGAGCUCAGCUAUAUAUACCAAGGCAAGUAAUUAAAGCACAAGGACGCUCGUUCAGUCGGUCGAAAUCAGGAUCCGCGGACGCUGUGCGUCUUUUAUCCGCACAACAUGGACAGACGCGGGUUCACUGCGACAAGAAUUGUUUUGCCAGCUUGAAUCAGAAAGCAGGUCAGUGACUUGAACAAAUGCGUGGACGUCUUCACGAUUCGGAAUCACUGGACGGAUUGGUAUUUCUUUGAGGUCCCACCACUGUCGUUUUUGAGAGACUGCCAGUCAUGGAUAGCAACGAUACUAUUCCUGUGAGUGGGACCACAGAGACCAUGACCGAGCUCUUCAGAUUUGAUGACAUGCGCCAAAGAAUAGUUGUGUCUUGCCUCUUCGCUCUUAUCUCAGUCUUGGGCACGGCGGGCAACAGUUUGGUCAUAGUCGCCGUGAUCUUGUCACGGAAGCUACGCACGGCCACCAAUGUGUUCGUGGUCAACCUGAGCCUGGCCGACCUAUUCACUUGCCUGGUCUUACCCUGGAACGUCGUGGCGUUGCUCAGCCCAGACGGUUGGCCCAUUGACGGGGCAGUCUGUGCUAUCGCUGCCGUGGUGAUCUUCACCUGCGUGAGCUGCAGCGUCUACACUCUUGCAGCCAUCGCCAUCAACCGGUUUGUCAUUAUUACCAGACCCAUGCACAAGUACAAGGCGUAUUACAGUCGCUGGAAGCUCGUGCUCAUGGUGGUCCUGACCUGGGGAAUCUCACUCUUCAUUGCCGUCAUUCCACUCCUCUUUGGACUUGGGGAGUUGGGGUAUGACGACAAGUACGGCACCUGUACCCACAAGACCUCCCAUCCCUUGUCCGAUUACUACAGCCUGACGCAAGCCCUACUCAUCUACCCCGUCCCCAUGGUCACCAUCGUGGUGUGCUACGUGGCCGUCUUCCGCCACGUCCGCAACCACGCCAGGAACAUCACCGAGCAGGCCGACUCCUCCUCCACCCAGUCCCAGUUCACCCAGCCGGUGCGGCGGGAGAGCAGCCACCGUCAGAACAUCAGCCGGAGACAGGUGGAAAUUACCAAGAACCUCUUCUACGUGGUGUGCGCCUUCAUCCUCUGCAUCACACCGUACUGCGCAGCUCUGGUCAUCCCGCGGAGCGAGCCGUUCAUCCCGUGGGCCGGGGCGAUCAUCCUGGCCAACAGUUGCAUCAACCCAGCCAUCUAUGCCACCAAGCACCCAUACUUCAAGCAGGUCAUCGGGGCGAUAGUUCGUUGCAGACUGUCGGCUAUUCCAGAGCCAUCUAGCUGCCUAAAGAAAUCAUCUCAAAAUCGAUGGAAGCCUCGAUGACUAGAAAUGAAAUCAGUGGCAUCCAGUUCGAGUCUCAAAACACGAACAGCAACAGCAGCUACGCAAACAGAGAAAUAGCCAGCUACAUGAUGCGUCGGCAACAAACUUAUAAGUUCAUCUUUAUUAGCCCCAAAACACUGGAGUGGCUGGAACAAUCGAAAGUAAUACUUUCCUCCAAAAGACAAGCUGUCGUCAACAAAUGUUCAAGAGCGAGAAAAACUGUUUACGCAAGGCGUACCUAAAACAGCUUUCGCCUGAGGAUUCUUCUUAUUACUAACACUAAACGCUUUACUUCUUAAUCUUAAUAGAGUUUAGUAAUCAUUUGUCAUUGCUUUUUAUUAAUACCAAAACCCUGACUUUUGUGCGUUUUUAAAUGAACACUAUCCUUGUGCAAACAAUCCUCUGGUUUCGAUCCAAUAUGGAGCACAACCUGUACAUGACAAUUUGACUCCAAACGUGUUCUUAGAAACUGAGACUUUCAUGCAGUAAUUUCACUGCAUAACUUUUGUUUUAGACGUCACUAAUUUUUAAGCAUCUUUGUGCAAAAUCACUCUUGCCAAUUGCUGUACAUCUUGCCACAUUUUGUUUGUCACUCUCUGUGUUGGUUAAGAUUUCCUUUUUUGUAUAUUAUGGGGUAAGUGCCUUGUGGUUAACGAUUCAGGGAAAUCAAAUCGCCUUAUCAUCGGAAGUGCCAAGGGGCGUGUUGACUAAGCAUGAACGCAUCCACAAUCCCCUUUAUUGUUAUCGUGCGCUCAAUCAUUUCGCAAUGUUUUGUCUUCCUCCGUUCUGACGACGCUCGACAGGUAUACCAGUGUAUCCCCAGCUGGCGCACUGACUUGAUUGACGCGUGCCUAUCUUGAACAAACACACCCAGUCUAUCUCAUCGCUAUUGCAAGCACCAUUACCACUCAUGCAAGGAAUACCGGCAGUAUGCGGUGGACUAAAAGCUGAUAACCAAGGAUAUUUUUACGACGAAAAUUUUGAAGCCAAACAAAGCAAGAACCAUACAUGCAUUUCACAGCUGUUUUUGUUUGAGUUCGUUCGUUCACACGUGCGAGUUGCAUAUUUCAAGGAGUCCUAACCGGGACUAAGCUAAAUGUUUCAAUAGGCUUAUCCCCAAGAUACCUGUUUCAGCCUCACGGAACGUUUUGCGCAACAGAAUCAUGGAUAUAUAGGCCCGAACAAAAGACCAAAGCACCCCAAAUCAGAUUGAUCGCAUUUACAACCAAUUUGAGAUUGUGUCGUUAUUACUUCUAACCUUUGUGACAGAGUUUAAAAGAAACUGUUCAACCUGCACACUUAUUUAUUUUAAUGGUGCCCCUUUUGACGCUAACAUUAAACAUACACAUCGUGACAAUGUUUGAACAACGGUCUUUUUGACCCGUCUUGGGUAAUGGUCAACAACACCUUCCACUUGCGAAAUGUCGAUAAAAUCGUUGAUACACCCCCCCCCAGGUAGAUGUAAACUAUGCCUCAAGUUCAUCAACACCAAAGCGGAUUCAGUUUCUCACAGUGAGUCAGGUUCCUUUUACGUCGCUGGAGCUGAACAUAAUUUAUUAUAGGCACAUGAAAAUAUGGUGUCAAGUUAGUGCAUAGCGUGCCGACGUGCUCAGGUGGCCCGCCCAAACCGACCGGCAAAUGAGAAAUCGCUUGGAUAAGUAUUAAGUAAUAGAUAAUAACAGAUGCAUCACAAUGAUCAACCAUCGACUGUAUCCGAGAAAAUGACGUCCACUAGAUAAGGACAUCUGAGCUCGUGAGAGCAAAUGAACCCGAACGACCCUAGUAACAGAUAUGUUUAAUAUGCAGGACACCAUACGCAAUUAAGUCCACGAUACACGAUCUAUUCCCCGUAUAACAAGGACAAAUGGACUGUGAUGGAUUUAGCGACUGUGGCUGGAUGUUCAUCACACCAUUUGUCCUCAAAUGUUGUGGUCAGUAAAUAAAAACAACCAUUCAGUUUCGUGUGCGGUAAACUUAUUUCGCAUCAAAACACUGUGACGUCGUUCUGUUAGUGCAGAGAUAGUGUCCUUUACUUUUUUCCUUCUCGCUGUGCAAAUCAGCUUCUUUGAGAAACUUUAACAUUUUUCCGGCCAUGUACAUACAUGUAUACAUGUUUAUGCUGUAAAAAGUUUUUCAUUGACUAGUUACACUGAAUAAACCAUGCGCACAUUAA